UCUCGCUGUUUGGCAGCUGCACCUCAUGGCAACAAGCGGCUGCGUGGCUGCUGGGAGGAGGAAGAGGAGGAAGGUGAACAGCGUGAAGGAAAAUGUUUCAAACAGACGGACGAGCAGAGAAGGAGCAGACUGGAGAAAAUCUCCAGGAGCCACGUCAGGUGUUAUUGAAGUUCUGGCAGACAUGGAACAAAGUGGGACAAAGUUCUGGGUGUGAACAGUUGAGCUAUGGGAAAAAAUGAUGGCAAUGAUUCUUGGAGUGACAUGAGGAAGUUUAAAUCAGACUCAAAGUCUGGAAGCUCCAAGAAGACACAACAGCCCAUCCUGGACGUCUUCAAAUCGUCUAAAAACGCCUCAGUCCAACUUGAGUCGGCGUCUUUCCAUGACAGCAGGCCCAUUGCUGCAGACGAUGGACCAAAGGAAACUCAGCAAAGAGAGACCAGACAGAACGAAGACGACGGAAACCUGGACUAUCACAUCGGCCUUGUGUUGGAAGACAGAUAUGAAAUUUCUUCCACGCUGGGAGAAGGCGCUUUUGGGAAAGUAGUGGAGUGUAUUGACAGAAACAGAGGUCAGCGUGUGGCUGUAAAAAUUGUGAAGAAGUUUGAGAGUUUCUGUAAAGUUGCGAGAUCAGAGAUCGCCGUGCUUGAGGAGAUCAACGGCCUGGACGACGACAACAGAUUCCCCUGUGUGAGGAUGUUGGACUGGUUCAAGCAUAAAUCCCACAUCUGCAUUGUUCUGGAGCGUCUCGGUCCCAGCACCUUCGACUUCCUGCGACAGAACGACUUCGUCCCUUUCAGUGUGGAGCAGAUCCGACACGUAGCCUUCCAGAUCUUCAGAGCGGUCAGCUUUCUGCACCGUAACAAGCUGACCCACACAGACCUGAAGCCUGAGAACAUUCUGUUUGUCAGCUGUGACUGCGACACGGAGUACAGCCAACAGACGAACUGUAAGCACACAAAACCAAGGAGUCUAGACAUAAAGGUUGUGGAUUUUGGCACCGCUACCUUUGACCACCAACACCAUGAGACUCUGGUGUCGACACGGCACUACAGAGCACCAGAGGUCAUACUGGAUCUGGGCUGGAACCAGUCAUGUGACGUGUGGAGUCUGGGCUGCGUUCUCAUUGAGUAUUACCUCGGACGAACACUGUUCCCUAGUCAUGACUGUGGAGAACAUCUGGCCAUGAUGGAGAGGGUCCUGGGACCGAUUCCACCCAGCCUUCUGAAACAGACCAGGAAGAAGAAGUUUGUUAAAAAUGAGCGUUUGAACUGGAGUGAUGCGAGUUCCUCUGAAGAUGAUAUUCGGAGACACUGCCAGCCUCUGACGCAGUACAUGAGAACAAACAGUGAGGAGGAGAAGCAGCUGUUUGACCUGCUGGGCUGCAUGCUGGAGUACGACAUCAGCAGGCGGAUCACUCUGGAAGAAGCGCUGUGGCAUCCGUUCUUCUGCCCACUGAGAACACAGCAGCAACCGGAGCAGCAACCGCAGCAGCAACCAGAGCAGCAACCGGAGCAGCAACUGCAGCGGCAACCGGAGCGGCAACCAGAGCAGCAACCGGAGCAGCAACCGCAGCAGCAACCGGAGCGGCAACCAGAGCAGCAACCGGAGCAGCAACCGCAGCAGCAACCGCAGCGGCAACCGGAGCAGCAACCGCAGCAGCAACCGCAGCGGCAACCGGAGCAGCAACCGGAGCAGCAACCGGAGCAGCAACCGGAGCGAAGCUAA